AUGUUAGUAAUUGACUCUUCGCCAUCAACUCAUCAUCAUAAUCAUCAAGCAAAUUAUUUACAACCAGAUGAUUUCUCAACGGAUGUGAUUUCUUUGCAAAAUAGUGAAAUGACUAUUGAAACAACCAACAACAUCAACAACAACCACAACCACAGUCACAAUCAUAAUGAACAACAACAGCAUAAUCACUCCCAUCAUUUCUCAAUAUCAUCCACAAAAAAUCAAGAAUCAAAUCAACCACUGCCCCCAGAUUCCCCUACUUUAGUCCGCAAAAAAUCUACUGCAUCUUCUAUUUUCAGACUACAUUCAAAUAAAAGUACCAAAUCUCAACAUCAACAAGAACCAGCACCACCACCACCACAACAACAAUAUCAGCCUCCAACUUCACCAAGUUCUACGUCUCGUCCAAAUUUAAGAAGUUUACUACGAAUCGGUUCAUUUUCAGGGAAUGCUCGUAGACCAUCUACUAUUAGUCUUCUACCGGAAAGUAGAUAUUCCGUCAUUGGUGAAACAACGCUAGAAGGUGAAGAAACCCUAGGAAAUUCAAUCGAUGAAGAAGAUGAUGAAUUAGCAUGCUUGUCAGACCUGGAAUCUGAUCUCAACUAUGAUCCAAAGGCUGAAGAAUCCACGGCUGAUUAUAAACAUGGUGGUUACCAUCCAGUUUGUAAAGGUGAGAUUUACUACUCCAAGAAAAUUCCUAAUCGAGAAUACAUAAUUUUACGUAAACUAGGUUGGGGUCAUUUUUCAACCGUAUGGUUAGCGAAAGCAAGAUACAAUAGCUCAUUGGCUGAUGUAGAAACCCAUGAGAAUUCCGACAUGGAAGAACAGUAUGUUGCUUUGAAAUUUGUUAAAUCAAAUAAAAACUAUAUGGAAGCUGCCAAAGAUGAAAUUAAAAUCAUGAGUGCAUUAUGUGACCCAAUCACUAAUAAUGAUCACAUACUGGAUGAAGAUAAAGAAUUUUUCGGUGGUGAUAACAAAUCUCAUCCUGGUUUCAAGCAUGUGAUGCAGCUUUUAGAUGAUUUUGAAAUUUCUGGUCCUCACGGGGAACAUAUUUGUAUGGUGUUUGAAAUCCUUGGAGAAAAUUUACUCAACUUAAUUUACAAAUACAAGAGAUUACACAGAAGUUUAAGCACUGAGAUUAAGCGUAAAGAAACUGAAGACUGUCCUGUUCAACAAAUGAAAUUCAACAAAUGGGAUUCAAAGAGCUGGAAAAAGAGUACUAAAUCCAUGUUGAGUUUGGGUCUUGGUAGUAGAAAAGAUUCAAGUAAUGGAAGUGAGCAAACACAAAAUCCACCAAGUGUUGGUUCCACUAAUUCAUCCACCUCGUCGGGGUCAUCAUGUGCUCCAAUUGAAUUAACCAUUGAACUGGAAGACACAGAAUCCUCCACUACUGUUGAAACCUGGGAAGAUGAUUUGGACAGAAGAUUAAGGUCAAUGACUUCUGAAUCUUUGGCAAAAUUAAUGGAAACAUCCAAGACUUAUGGUGGCAUUCCUUUCACUCUUGUUAAACAAAUUGCUAAACAAAUGUUGAUGGCAAUUGAUUAUAUCCACCAUUGUGGAGUGAUUCAUACCGAUUUGAAGCCGGAAAACGUUUUGAUUGAAAUCAAAGACAUUAACAAGUUGAUUAGUAAAUUUGAAGAUGAAAAAAUUUCCAAAUUCAGAGCUAAUUCUGGUAGUAGAAGAUCUUCAUUGUUUAGAAGAAACCUGAGCAAACUACAUGUACCAUCCCGUAAUCCAUCUUGCCAACAUGUUCGUACAUUAUCUAAUAGCUCACAAAGUUACAAGAUGCUGAAGAAUUCUACUUCAUCGACUGGUCCUAUUAGAUCAUCGAAGCCAAUCACUUCAUUAUCAUCAGACUCUAUUUUCAAGGAUUUUGACUUUGAUUCCAAAGCUAGGAAAUCAUCGUUUAAAAAUAUCAGUCCGAGAAAUUUCUCGUUUGUUGGUAGUUUCCAUUCCCAUGAACAAAACAGAACUAAUUGCCACAACAGCUGUGAAAUUUCUGUCAAAAUCGCUGAUUUUGGUAAUUCUGCGUGGGUUGAUCAUCAUUUCACUGACAAUAUCCAAACCAGACAAUAUAGAAGUCCUGAGGUUAUUUUAUCGCUGCCUUGGAACUCCCUGGCCGAUAUUUGGUCAAUUGGUUGUUUAAUCUUUGAAUUAUUAACUGGUGAUUAUUUAUUUGAUCCAAGAGAUGGUGGUUCAUUCAAUAAAGAUGAUGAUCAUCUUGCACAAAUUCAAGAAUUGUUGGGUGAAUUCCCAAGAAAGUUGGUGUCUCGUUAUGGUAAGAAUUAUUUCAAUUGUCAUGGUGAAUUAUUAAGAAUCCGAGUAUUGAAACCAUGGGAUUUGAAACUGGUUUUAAUAGAAAAGUAUCAUAUCGAAGUUGAAGAAGCUGAAUUGAUCACCAGUUUCUUGUUACCAAUGUUGGAAAUUCUGCCGGAGAAACGUGCCGAUGCUGGCAGUUUGAUCAAUCAUCCAUGGUUAUCUUCCUAA